CGGAGGGUGGCGGCUAAUUUGCGCAACAGAAUGACAGGCUAGGCCAUCUACAGUGGGAUUUUGCAUGCCACCAGCAGCUGGAAGCGAUAAGCAAAAAGUCAAGGCAAGAAUAACAGAAAUCAUGGAUUAAUAGAUCCAUUCUGUUUAUUAAAUACCUAUCAAAUAUCUCUGAACGAGAUGAAUGCCUAAGCUUGUGUGUUUCCAAAUACCAUUGCUGAAAUAACAUUUUAGCUAAGGUAUUUUUCUCUUACGUAAAGCUAAAUAAGUUUAAGUGAAGAGUUUUCGCAUUGCAUGUAUUACAAACAGCUGGCAGGGCAAUAACAAUCCAGCCAAUAAAACGCAUUUAUAGAGCACUUUAUUGAUUAAAAAUUAAAUAAAUCACUGAGCAUAUAGACUACUGGGACUACCAUAAUGUAUUCGGAUUGCGUUCUGCCAUUAUUAAGCCAUUCUAUCAGCAUAAUAAUCAGCAAGUGCAUUCGUUGCAUGCAUGCUUAAUGCUCGGAUGCGAAUUUAAUCCUUAGUCUUUCAUUGGGAUAAUACCCCGGCAGAACUGCAGCAACGCACGCACUUCCGUGCGGCAUCUUCAGCAAUUCGGCGAUGCAAGUGAGCAAGGCCGCCCACAUUUUCCGACCAAACCGAAUCAACCCACCCAGCACCCAGCACCACCCCCGCCUCUCGAAAAACAACUGCAGUUAUUCGGCUAACGGUCGGCUCGGCAUUUCCCUCGGACAUUUUCCAACUUUCGGCUUCUUUUGCCGCCCGAUGACGAACUUCGUUUUCGAAUUCAAAGCAGCGGCAGCCGUCGUAGCGUUCAGUUCUGUUCCACCAGCGGUCCCAGCAAUUCAGUUGUGCUUUGGCUGGCAGUCGCGAAAGUUGCUAGCUAACGCGAUAUUGCCGCUAACGUAACGUAACGUAACGUCGUGAUUUUUGGCCAGCGCAUAACGUAACGUAACGUAAACAGUUUGUAACGCGGAAGGUCGGCGCUCGUUUGGCGCAUUUUUUCGUGAGUUAUUAAAAUGCGAUAAAAGCCAGUGAAUCGUUAAACGGAACAAUAAACCCCCAAUCUAUAAAAGAAAAAAAACACUGCGGUUUCUCCAAGUGCAUUAAAUAAGUACCGAAACGAAAUAAAAAUUCAAAUAAAUCAAAGCCAAAUCGAAGCCGAAUCGAAAAAUCAAAGGAGCGUGUUGAAGAUGUUGACCUGCGUGUGUCGACCCGUCUCCGGCAAUCUGCCCAAGAUGCCGCCCGCCUCGCUGAUGCCCGCCCACCGGGCCACGCCCUCCUCAGCCUCAGCCUCAGCCGCCUCAUCCACAUCCUCAUCAGCAUCGACAGCCUCCUUGGCCUUCGUCAGUCCGACGAGAGGAGUGGUGGUGACCUGCGAACCCAAGCUGAAUGUGCCCAGCAGGCUGACGUCAGCCGAACUGAGGGCGAUGGCAUUGAGACAGCAGCAGCAAAUCGACAGCCAGCACCAGCUGCUGGCCACCAAGGAGCAGCGCCUGCGCUUCCUCAAGUCGCAGGAGGUGCGGAGCGCCGUCGCCAGUGCGGAGGGGGAGCGGCUCCGCCGGCUGAGGGAGCGGGUCGAGGCGCAGGAGUCCAAGCUGCGCCGCCUGCGAGCGCUGCGGGGUCAAGUGGACCUGCAGAAGACCUACAAUGUCACGCUGAGCAAUGACUUGGACUCGAUUCGAGCGCUGUUCAGCGAGAAGGAGAAGGAGCUCAGCCUGGCGGUGGCCAAGGUGGAGGCACUCACCCGCCAGCUGGAGGAGCUGCGCCGCGACCGGCGAUGUCCUGUGAACAUCCUGGCGGCAGCUGGCAACGGAGUUGGCCAGGCACUUCCUCCCCAGGCGUCCCGCGAGCUGGAGAAACUGCGCCGCGAACUGAUGUACCGCAAUCAGCUGUCGCUGCAGCAGGAUGCGCGGUUGCACAUGCAACGCGAGGCGUUGCAGCAACGUCAGGCGGAGCUUCGAUCGGUGGACCAGCGCAUUUACGAGCUGCAGACGCGCCUGCAGCGCAAAAAGCAGGCCAACACCCACCAUCAGCAGCAGCAGCAACAGCAGCAGCAACACCAGCAACAUCAACAUCAACAGCAGCAACAGCAACAAUCUGCAGUGCAACAACAGCAGCAGCAACAAUUGCAUGUACAGUCCGCUCAAUUGCUGGCGGCAGCAGCAGCAGCAGCCACUGUGCAGCAGCAACAUCAGCAGCAGCAGCAACAGCAGCAGCAGCAGCAACAACAGCAGCAACAGCAGACUUUGGCCUACCAGCAACCUGCUGGCAAUUUGGCCAAACACGGCGGAGUUGCUGCCCUCAAGCAGCAAUUGUUGCAGAAGCAGGUGAACCAACUGGCCGCCGCUGCUGCUGCAGCUGCCGCAGGCAGAGCCCGUGGCAAUGUGGCAGCCGUAGAGCCCUUUAUCCACACGCCCCAAAAGUCCACGAUUACCAGCACGGCCAGCUAUUUGAGUGGCGGGAUGAAACACGCGGCGGCGACGGCUAAUACGAAUCAGCAGAACCAGCUAAUCCAGGAUUUAACCCACGUAAAACUGGGACAAAAUAGUGGUUUCUUCGCUGGAUCAGUGCCCGUUCCCGUGGCGACUUCCAGCAGCGAGAGCGAUGAGUCCAAGUUGGCCAAGAAGUUGCUGGCAACUCCUGCAAAAACGGAGGCUGAGUUGAGGAAACAGGCGCAAACGGAAGCGAUGGAUAGCACCACACACAUUUACGCGGAAGUGGGACCCAAGAAAAGGGAUCGAGAGGCAGCAGCAGCGGCGGCAGCAGCAGCAGCAGCAGCAGCAGCACAAGCAGCAGCAGCAGCAGCAGCAACAGCAGCAGCAACAGUAGCAGCACAAGCAGCAACUGCAACUCCAACAGCAACAUCUCCGCCCGCCACUGCGAAUGCGAGUAAAAUCCCCAAGAGCAUCUCCUCCAGCAGCAGCAGUUCCGCCUCCGCCUCCGCCUUGAUAAGCAAACUGAAUCAGCAGGCAACUGGAAAGGACAACCAGGAUCCACAGCAGCAAUCGCAAAUCAAAAAGAACGAGAUUUCGGUCACCAGCGAAACGCUUUCGGAACGCAACACCCAGCAGCAACUCACUGUGCACAGCAUGCCACUGGGUGCCAUUAGCAAAUCGGUGGCUCUAGCAGUGUCCAACGCCUCCAAGCCACUGCAAGUGCAGGUGAGCAAUUUGGCGGUGCCACCGAGGAAACCCAUCAGCAGUGUGGCGCCCACUUCGGUUUCCAGCGGCAGUUCGAUACCCAAAAUGAUCACCUACAGCCCGAAGGUGAAUCGCGUGGCGCCCAAUGUGGUGAUGGCGGAUCCCCGACCAGCAUUGCCACCCAAACCCAGCAAGAUGUCGCCCACGGAACAGCCAUCGCCGGUGGAGGCCAGCACGUCAAGCUCCACGGGAGGAUCAGGAGGAGCAGCAACUGCAACCAAGACACAAACAGCAACCUUUGGCCUGCAAUCCCUGAACAUCAACGACAACUUGCCCAUCAAGGCCAAGCCAUUGACCAUCCGCAAGCAACCUUUGUUCGAGCAACCUCGCCUGAAGUCCAGCCAAUCCACCUCGAAUGGCCAACAGAAGCCACCGAUGUUGCAGCUGCAAAGUCAGCGGAAAUCAGAGCCCACAAUUAGGCAGCCCACGGAUAACUUGAAGUCCUCGCCGGACAACUCACCCCAGCAUUCGCCGAGCAGUGAGUCGAGUGUGGAUGAAACCGACCGCAUGGUGACCCCAAUCAGUGCCACCAGUCAGCAGGAGGCAUCGGCAACAGUUGCACCAACAGCAGCAACAACGGCGACGACAACCAGCAACAUCAAGGAGCGAACGGGUGGCAAACCCAAGCUGGCGAGGCGGGUGAGCUUCGAUCCGUUGGCCCUUCUGUUGGACGCCAGUUUGGAGGGGGAACUGGAGCUGGUGAAGAAGACGGCCAUGCAGGUGGCCAAUCCCAGUGCGGCCAACGAUGAGGGCAUCACGGCGCUCCACAAUGCCAUUUGUGCCGGUCACUUUGACAUUGUCAAAUUUUUGGUUGAGUUUGGCUGCGAUGUGAAUGCCCAGGAUUCGGAUGGCUGGACGCCACUGCACUGCGCCGCCAGUUGCAACAACCUGUCCAUGGUGAAGUUCCUGGUGGAGAGCGGCGCCUGUCUGUUCGCCUCCACGCUCUCGGAUCACGAGACUCCGGCGGAGAAGUGCGAGGAGGACGAGGAGGGCUUCGACGGCUGCUCCGAGUAUUUGUACAGCAUCCAGGAGAAGCUGGGCAUCCUGCACAACGGCGACGUGUACGCGGUGUUCUCCUACGAGGCGCAGAACGGCGACGAGCUCUCCUUCCACGUGAACGAGCCACUGGUGGUUCUGCGCAAGGGCGACGACGCCGAGAACGAGUGGUGGUGGGCGAGGAACGCCGGCGGCGAGGAGGGCUACGUGCCGCGGAAUCUCCUGGGUCUGUACCCACGUGUGCCGCCGCAUUCGCCGCACUUCAGCGAUUAGCAGUUAAUACGCUUCACCAUACUGAAGCGCAAGGCCGGCCGACUCAUCCAGAAGCGCUAUAUAUCCAAGUACAUCUAGGGAGGAGCCCCAUGGAGCCAAUUCUGGGCACGUGCCAAGCGCAGGAGUCAUCGGGGAAUUAUUUAUCACGGCCCCAUGUUUCUUUCUGUUUACUUUUUGUUUUGGGAAAAGCAACACAAAGGACGAGGAACGAGGUGGUGACGAAGGCUAUAUGGUUUCCCAUAUGCUCAUCCAUAUGGAAUGGAACCAACUGCAACAGCAACAGAAGCUUCCGCCUCAGUCAUUUAUCCCGACGACUGGCCUCAAUUAGCCAGGCUUUCGCACAAAGUUCAGCACCCACAAAUUCAUACACACAAACCCAUACACACACACACACACAUAUCACCUACACAUAUCACCCACACAUAUCAGCAGCCGAGAAACAUAAACACCCCCUGCAUACGUACAACCGCAAAUUGAAUUUCACUUAAGCUCCUUAGCUUUAAGGCCUAGACUAAUAACUCAUAUCAGCCGCCUGCUCGCCACAAAAAACUCCAACCUUCUCCAGCUACUGCAGAUAUAUAUAAAGUUCAAAAUUGGAAAAACUGGUAAAUGGUAACGGGGGGGAAAAUUAGAAAUUCCUGGACACCCGCACACACAGAAUGUUUCAUCUACGGUUUGCCGAAGGAGUUUGUUAAUUGCAUAUAUCAAGUUAGUACUUAAACCUUAAUUGAACUCGAACAAAGUUCACACACAAAUCGAAAGAAGUAAACAUUUUUAACACAUACUAUAUAACAAAAAAAAACUGACAAACAUGGAGAAUACAUAACGAAUCGAAUGUGAUUUUUGUAUAAAGACGAGUAUAAUUUAAACAAUUUGUAUCGAAUAUGGAAAUGUAAAUUACAUAAAGCGGAUUCGUUGACAAGUAAUCGCAUUAUAGGAUGUAUGCUCUAAUUUAACUUAAUUUAAUUACACCUAAUUGAUUGCUUAAUAAUUUAGCCUUAAGAAACACACAUUAAAAUGCAAAUACGUUUGAAAAAUGAAAAUAAAACGAUUAAGAAAGCUUAAAAA